CAAAAAUAUCCAAAUUCGUACCUGUUGAAGGAAGGAAUUAAGAGGUUUGGAAGCAUUAAUUGGUCACACGGGAGUUGAUAUCAUAGACAAUAUUGCGUCACGGUCUAAAGACCCUACUAUAUAUUUCGUCUCAUGCACACAUGGAAGCGUGACGCUAGCCACAGAUUCUUAAUUCCCGAUCCUACAAUCGCGGCGAUUAAUGGAGCAACCAACAUUAAUAUUCAAUCAGAUAAUUUACUAGCUAGUAAGCAAGUAAAUUACUCCAAGACGGAAAAAAAGGGAGGGGGGUAAAAGGAAAGCCUACUAGCUACCUAUAUAUAGGCUUGCAUUCUCUUCUUGAAAACUCCAAGCAAUAUCUCAUUCUCAUAGCCGUUGAAAACUCCAAGCAAUAUCUCAUUCUCAUAGCUAUUAGCCUAGAGCAAGCAGAGAUGGUGGGCAGAUGGUGGAGAGAAUGCAUUAUAGCAUUUAUCCUCACCUUCCCUUCAAUGGCUCGCACUAAUACUGCUAUUGCGGCUAUUCCCCCGAUGCCUUGCAUACCUUCCCAGGAAUUCACCCGUCCUUCAGGAGCAGCCGACACCAGCAUCGGCAAUGCCAUCGGCGCCACCACCGGCACUGCCACCUCCACCUCCACUGCCACCGGCGUCGGCACCAUCACCGGCACCGUAACUAGCGCCAUCACCAGCACUAGCACCAACACCAACACCUUCACUUUCUGCACCAACACUUGUUUGACACCGGCACCAGCACUGGCUAGCUCGGUGUGAACAUUCCACUUAUAAUAUAUGUCGUACUCAUUCAAUCAGAAGCUUGCAUUAUCCACAAUAAGGCCAAUUAUCAUAUGUGUUAUAAGGCCAAUAGUCAAACCCACGUGUAUUUGUAACAUAGAAGCUUGUAUUGUGUACAAUAAGGCCAAUUAUCAAAUAUGGUGUGUUG